CAACCACACUAUUUAAUUUCAGUUCGCGGAUCAGCGUGGUCAAAUCUUAUAGUCUAGAUCAGACAGCAGGAAUUGAAGAGAGGAGUCACUUGCCCACAUGAUGCCGCCAUUUGAGAAACCACAGCACCCCAAGUCCUUCAAGCAGAGAAAAAGCUUUGCCACGAGAAAACAGGAGGUCGCGGGGAUCCGAACGAAGUUUCCAACUAAAAUCCCGGUUAUAAUUGAACGGUAUCAACGGGAGAAGUACUUGCCGCCUCUUGAUAAAACGAAAUUCCUGGUCCCACAAGAACUUUCCAUGACUCAGUUUGUUACCAUUAUAAGAAAUCGUAUGUCUCUGAUGCAGAGUCAAGCAUUCUACCUGCUCAUCAAUAAUAGCGGCCUGGCCAGCAUGUCUCUUACCAUGGCGCAAGUCUACAAGGACCACAAAGAUGACGAUGGAUUUCUCUACAUGACAUAUGCUUCUCAAGAAAUGUUUGGUUAUUGUGUUGAAAUCCACGAAGAGUCAGUGCCAAUUGCUGGGAAUGUUUGAGAAGAUCUAAAUUGCAGGAUUGGAUAAUGUGAGGCCUCAGCUUUUGGCAGGCCCAAUAACUGAACUUCGUGUAUAGAUAUGAAAUGCAAUUUAUAUAUAAGGUUAUUUAAUAUUACUCUGGAAAUGUUUUUGUAUUGUUUUUAAGGUAAUAAAUGUUUCAAACUUUAUUGAGGAUCAUGCUCUGAUUUACAUGACUUUGGCCAGAUUAAUUUAAGCGGAAAUGUGUAACCUUUUGGGCGAUCAAUCAAAUUCGCAAAGAAAUAGUUGUAGAUUUGUCAUUCUCGUUCAAAGCAUGUCUAAUAAGCGGUAGAUCUGUUCUGUGUGCUAUUCCUGAGUUGUUUUUUUCAACUUUUUUGUUUGUAAGCCAGCUUCAAACAGCUGAAGUUAAAUGUUUGGUUAUUAAAGUGAGUUCACAGCG